UCCACCGGUCCUUGAGAGAUGUCAGAGUUGUUUGGAACUUUGGACUUUAAGAGUCGGGGGCAGCCGGAGUCGAGGUUGUCUGUUGUCUUCAGUUGAAUCCAGGUUCCGCGAAGAAUGACCGUUCGGUCGUGAUAUUCCCUUCGGAUUUCGAUGCACAUCGUUCAGAUCGUAGUGCUUUUUUCAUCUUCCCACGAUCGAGUCGUACAAGUGGCCGUCUCGCGAAUUCGCAUCCCGGGUUAAAUGAGUUUUUCGUUCUGUGAUAGUACUUUCGCUGGGAGAUGGACCCCUACGUGCAGAAGCUGAACAACCUCUCGUUAAACGAGGCCGACGCUGCCAAGAAGUGCGCGGCCGACAACUACGGUCGAAUUAUGUCAAAACAGGCCGAAGUUUACAACAACGGUCACUCCAGCAACUUCGACAGGGGUUCGAGUUCGGCGAAGUUCGGCCAGAAGAUGGACUCUUUGGGAAGCGGCCUCAGCUCCAUGAGCAUCAGUGAUAAGCAACAAGACAUUCCAAAUCGUUACCUGUCGUACGCCAACGGAGUGCCCAACCAGCCUAUAGACCACAACAAGUAUUACAGUGCAUAUCUCAAAGGGCCUACGAGCCCUACUCACAGCAACAGCGGCUCUAGCAGGGACUCAAACAGUCCCAGAGGGAGCAUGGCCCAGUAUGAGGUGAAGAACUCUCCUCUUUAUGAGAACUUAGACUACUACGGGGGUCGAGCCAUGCCGCAGACCCCUGCGUAUUACCACCAGUUGCAUUCCAGCCCACAUUCCAGUAUGAGUUCACAAGACUCUAAGCACUCGAGCCCUAGAGCGAGUUACGUCUCUGUGGAAAACCCUUAUGAGAGCACUUACAGGAAAGCUCAACCUCAGGUUCCGGUAGGUGUGAAAUACAGUUAUCCUCCGUAUGAGGCUCCUCCCGUUUAUGAGAAUGUUCAAGAGCUGAAGAACGAAGGAAGGCAGCCCUACUUCGGGGAGCAGAGGCAGAUCGCAGUCGCCUUGACGACUCCUACAUCGUCUUACCUGCCUCCUCCUUAUCCCAAUCAGACCAAGUCCAUAGGGCAAGUGUCUAGGAUCGAGAGCAAACCGUAUCAUCCCAAGUCGGUCGGUGUGAGCUCUCGGUCGGUACCAAGUGGACAGACUUCCCUUGCUACGAGCUACCAGAGAGGAAUGCAUGCCGGAGUGGCAGGAGGUCCCACAACCGGUAUCGCAAGCAGUCCUAGGCCAGUGGCUUCGUCUCCUGCUCCGACCAGCCCAAGCCCGACUCCUUCGACUAAGCCUUCAGGCAAAAAUCUCCUACCGUACAAUGUUACACCACCAAGACCAAUGGGGCCGACGGAGGCAGAACGAAAGAUAGAGGAGCUCACGAGGCAGCUCGAAGAACAGAUGGAAAAGCAGGAAGAGGAAGGGGAAUAUUUCGGUAUUUGCCAUACAUGUGGAGAAAAGGUGACUGGUGCUGGACAGGCAUGCCAGGCGAUGGGAAACCUGUACCACACGAACUGUUUUAUUUGUUGUUCCUGCGGCCGAGCCCUGAGAGGGAAAGCGUUCUACAACGUCCAUGGGAGAGUCUAUUGUGAAGAAGAUUACCUUUAUUCUGGCUUUCAGCAAACUGCAGAAAAGUGCGCAAUAUGUGGACAUCUAAUUAUGGAAAUGAUAUUACAAGCGAUGGGAAAAUCUUAUCAUCCCGGCUGUUUUAGAUGUUGUAUGUGUAACGAAUGCCUUGAUGGGGUGCCGUUCACAGUAGACGUCGACAAUAAAAUAUAUUGCGUAAACGAUUACCACAGAAUGUUUGCUCCCAAGUGUGCUGCCUGUGGUAAAGGAAUCACUCCAGUUGAGGGUACCGAGGAGACUGUCAGAGUAGUUUCAAUGGAUAAAGAUUUUCAUGUGGAUUGUUAUAUAUGCGAGGAGUGCGGAAUGCAGUUGACUGACGAGCCGGACAAAAGGUGCUACCCUCUUGACGGCCACCUAAUGUGUAGGGCCUGCCAUAUACAACACUUGAACCUUCACCCAUCGCAGCACCACAUGUCUCCACUGAGUCCUCUACCUUAGUUCCCUUCAAACUUUGUAUAUAUCGUUUUAUUUAAUCGACUGCAUUUCGGUUUUAUUUUUUUUUCCUUUUAGUUGUAAUCUAUUGUUCGGUCAGCUUUUAUUUAAUUUUUUAUCAGUUUCGAAGCUUUACUGAGUUGUAUAUUAUAAGUAGAUUGUUCAAGGCAGCAUUAUUCAUUCUGCAUGUGAUGAUUUUUAAAGUUACAGUAUGCAUUUACGGUUGUGAGAUUUUCAUGUAAUCUCUUUUUUAAAAUAUAUAGUUUAAAAAAAAAAAACAUUCAUAUAAGCUUAAAUAUCAACAAAAUUAGACUAAUCUCUUGUAUAUGAAAAUAAAUAUUUAAAAAUUUAUAAAGUCUCAAAUAAAUUUGUUCGGAUUUUCAUAUAGUGGUGAGCAGAUAAAGAAAAGUAAGUAGGGUAGUCUUCCUUGUAUCUUUGAAAAGUUUGGAUCGAUUAAGUCUCGGUGCACACCCGAACGAAGGCAAGUUUUUAUAUUAAAGUUUAUUAAUUUUAAGGCUCUUAGCUUUUAAAAUGGUUAUCGAUCAUUUUUCAGAAACAACCUGGAAGUGAAUCGAUAUAAAAGUAUGUCUGAAUCUGAAAAUAAUGAAUUUUAUUUACCUUUUACAUUUGUAUAUCUAUUGUUUUUAUUGGCAGCCUCAUAGUUUACAGGAUAUUUUGUGUAUAUUUAAAGCAAAUUAUUAAUAACUAUUUAACCUAUUUCUAAAGGUAAAAAACAAAUUUCUUUUUCAUUCCAUCUGUUUUUAAUUUGAUUUUCUUCAAAUUUUCUUAGUGUUCUGUUUCAUGUAGCAACAAGUAUUACGUUUUAAAUUGCUGUUUUGAAAGUAUCAAUCAUUGAUUCUUCAAAGCUGGCCUAAUUUUUUAUGUAAUAAAAAACAGUGAAAAUUCUAAUAAACAAGUACUUUUAAAAAUUUGACAAUUAAUUAUGAAAAAUGAAUUCAGUGUCAACGAAAUCAAUUAUUCAUCUAAAAUAAUUAGUCUGACAUAAUAAAGUUUUUAAAUUUUUUUCAUACUGUUUAUACCCCAAGAAAAAACUUAAACGUAUUUAGUCAAAGUCUUGGCAUAAUAUUGAGUUUUUUUUUAAAGUUUUAUUGCAUGUUUUAAACUAUUGUCUUGUUGAAAGAUGUAACAGUCAUAAUUCUUCAUGUUUAUGUAACAGCUCAUUAAUGGAAAAUUGCUAAAAAUGAAAAGUUCUCCUAUUUUGACUUGCUUUUUUGGACAGUUUCUUGGGUGGCUACCUAUUUCUGUUUUACAAAUAUCUUAUGUUUAAUGUUAAAUUUAAUAUUUUUUCUCAAGAAAAGUUAACAAGUCAGUUGUUAGAAACUAAAUGCCCUUCACAUCGAGACCUAUUAAGACAGAAAAUAAAAUCACUCCUAUUGAAAAGUACUUAAAAUCGUAUAUCUAAUUUGAAAUUUGAUAAAUAAACAUUUUUUUGUGUAUAUUUUAUGAUUUUUGAUGUAGUGAGAUGUACACAAACCCUUUGUGUAAGUUUUAUUUAAAUUUAACUUUAGCAAGGGAAUAUAAAAAAAAGAUAAAAGUGUAACUACGUUUUGCAAGGUUAGGUAUUGACGAAUUUUCCUUCGUUUCUUUAAAAAAAUCAUUUUUAAAUUUUUUUUUUUUUUUUUUUUAAUUUAAAGAAGAUGAUAUGAGUUGUUGGACAAUUAUCAAGGGUUAUUAUUGACUAUUUGCAAAACAUUCAGCCUGUGAUUUCAUAUUGUAAUAUGAUUUGCUUAUGAAUAAAUGAAUAAAAGUAACUAAAACAUUG